CAUAGUGAUUCAGACAUCUACCUGCUAGAUGACCCUUUCAGUGCUGUUGGUGCACAAACUGGAGCUCAUAUGUUCAAGAAAUGCUUAAUCCAACUUCUACAUGAAAAACCAGUUGUUUAUGCCACUCACCAGUUGGAAUUUUUAGAUGCUUCUGACCUCAUCCUGGUCUUGCAAAAAUGUCAUUUAGCUGAUAUUGUAAAGCAGGAUCUAAGGCUUCUUGAUGCACCAGUUGCAGAAGACGGAGAAAACUUGAGUGUGGAUCAAAGGCAGAUUGUGUGCCUAGCUAGAGUGUUGCUACAGAAAAGGAGAAUAUUGGUACUUGAUGAAGCUACUGCUUCAGUGGAUACAGAGACAGACAAUGUCAUUCAGAAAACUAUAAGAGAAGAAACUCCUAACCAGUGGUUGAAGAACAGUUCUUCCGCAUUUUCAAAUCUGGUGGCAGAAUUCUUGCGAAGAUCAUCCAAGGGGUUAACCUAAAAGCAUGCACAUGUGGUAGUACAUCUAGUAUAGAUCCUCUAAAAGGAAGGAAUAACUAAUUCAAUCUGCCAAUGUUAAUGUGGCAUUGUAUAGUACAGAAUCACAAACUGACAUCAAGAAAUACAGCAAAUUGAGAAGCUACUUCAAAAGAGUAUAUUUCUUAUAUCUGCCAACGAAAGGUGACAUGAAACCUGCAGGAUAUGUACAGUGUUUAUUCUUAAUCCCUAACUCAGUUCAUGUUCUUAAAGUAGCUAUUUUUAUGUUGAAAGAAUUUUCAAAUAGCAAUCCAUUGCGUCAGUAAUAAGACUUAGAGUAAAUGAAUUACUUCUUGAUUUUUGAAGGUUAUUUCUUGAUGUAACAAAAUAACCUGAAUAGAGUUUUCUAUGGUUCAUCCUAA